UAUUUCUUCCUAAAACUAUCUCUGGUUGUGCGGUCCUUGACGAACUCUCGAAAUGACGAAAAAGCCACUUUGCGUCCAACAAAUGCGAAAUGUGUGAAGGAUAGAACGGAACGUACUGUUCCAGUCGUUCUCCCAGUGCAGCGACCGGCGGACCGUGGUGUUUGAAACUCUGCGCGGGAAAAUCCGCUCGCCAGAUGUGGCGCCAUCUAGCGGCAAAGCGCCGAACUGCCGCCGCCGGCUAGAGUCUGUGAGAGCGCGGAGUAGCGACAGCGACAGUUAGUUGAGUUGGAAACUAACCUCGCGUUCAUGCAUGUUAUUGUUUGCGUUCCUAUUGUGAUUUGAACAAUAUGGGGCGGAAGAUUCCCGUCAGGAAGCACUUGGGUGUGAAGGACCCGCUGCAGCAGAAGAAGCAAAGAGAACAGAAACUCAGCAAGGUCCGAGACGCUCCACCGCCCAAAAAUGAUCAGGACGACCCAUUGCCUAGACGUCUGCAGGAAAUAAACAAACUUCGUCAGAUGGUUAAAGAUGGUAAAUUUGAUAAGCCCAAAGUAAAGAAAAAGAAACAGAAGAAGGAACUUCCACCUGGUUUUUUGAAGGCUCCUUUGAGUACUGAAGCGUUUCUUGGACCAACACCAAAGUUGCUCCGAGGUAUGAAGCGACCUGAGAAGCAGAUCCCUACGAUUCAGCAGCGGCCUGGAGAAUCUGAUAAGGCUUUCUUUCAUCGGUGUAAUGUGCUCUGUGAUCAACUCAUUAAAGAGGUCAAAUAUGAAGAGAAAUACAAGGUUGACAUUGUGCGAGAUGCAGAAACUGGGCUCAUUGAAGGUCUAAAGAAACAAGAAAAGGAUGAAGUUGAGGAAAUGAUGAAAGAAGAAGCAAAAAAAGUCACAGAGGAGAAAAAGACUAAGAAGAGGAAGAUAACGAAGAAAAAGCAAGCAGAGAUGGCUGCUGCCAAAGCAGAGAAAGAAUUUUUGAAAAAGCAUAGAAAAAAGCUUAAAAAGCUGAAGAAAAUUGACAAAAAAUUAGAAAAAAGUAAAGAAGAGGGCCUAGUCAAACAUGAAACUAUUAAAUUUGGUGAGGUAGUUGACAGACCACCAGAAAUAAAAGUGAAGCCAAGGAAAGCUAUUGCAGAGAAGAAUGUCAAGAAUAUUAUGUUUAAUCAGAUGUUAAUCCAAGGUAAAUUAGCUGAGGAAAUGAGCAAAACAAAGCCAUCAAAUGCGAAGAGUAAACAAGCUGGGAAACCAGCACUCUCUGGAAAGCGCAAGGACCUACCGGUUGGGCAAAGAAGAUUACUUGAAGCACAGCAGAAGUCAGUCGUCGCUGCGUAUAGGUUAAUGAAAGCAAAGAAGAUGAACAAGGAAGUAAUGUAAUUCCAAUGUACCAUAGGAACCGAAUUUAAAGGAAAAUUAUAUUUAAUCAACAGUAAAA